AUGGCGGCGCUGCUGACGGUGCUGACCAGCUCCCAGGGCCUGCUGACCACCGCCAGCAAGACGGGGGACGGCUACGCAUACGACUUUGCCACCGUGCCCUUCCUGGCCGAAAUCACCAAGCUCUGCAUCUCCUACUUCCUGCUGGUGCGCCAGCGCGCCGCCGACCCGGGCUCCAUCCGCAUAACCAAGGACUGGCGGACCGUGUCGCUGUUCAUCGUCCCCUCCAUCAUCUACAUGGUGCACAACAACGUGGCGUUUUAUUUCCUGAAGCACGUGGACGCCGCCACCUACCAGAUCCUGAACAACCUCAAGAUCGUCAGCACCGGCAUCCUGCUGCGCGUGGCCCUCAACCGCUACCUGUCCAAGCUGCAGUGGAUGGCACUGCUGCUGCUCACCACGGGCGCCGCCACCAGCCAGAUCAACACAGACUGCUCCUCGGGAACCACCCAGUCGGUGCUGUCGGCGCCAUUCAUUGGCUACGUGUUUGCCCUGGUGAGCGCGCUGCUGAGCGGCGUGGCGGCUGUGUACACGGAGUGGGUGCUGAAGAAGAACAACGACACGCUGUACUGGCAGAACAUCCUGCUCUACGGCUUCGGCUCCGUCUUCAACUUUGCCAACCUGGCGCACAGCAAGGCCAGCUCGGGCACUGGCUGGAACAUACUGUCGGGCUACUCGUUUGUCACCUGGCUGGUGGUGGCCAACCUGGCCUUCAGCGGCCUGCUGGUGUCGUGGGUGAUGAAGUUUGCGGACAGCAUCGUCAAGGUGUUUGCCGCCUCGCUGGCCAUGCUGCUCACAACCGUCGUCUCCAUCGCCUUCUUCAGCCUGCAGCCCACGCUGCAGAUGGCGCUGGGCAUCGUCGUCGCCUCCUGCUCCGUGGUCCUGUACUACGUGCCGCCCACCCAGCUGGGGGCCGUGCCCAAGGCGGCCGAGGCGGCCAGCAAGCUGCCCAAGUAG